GUAGGACCAAGAGGUCGAAGAGGACCCGUCGGACCAAGAGGACCCGUCGGACCAAGAGGACCCGUCGGACCAAGAGGACCCGAGACCCGCCGGACCAAGGGGACCCACCGGUCGGACCAAGAGGAUAAAGAAGACCCGCCGGACCAAGAGAUCGAAGAGGACUCGUGGGACCAAGAGGAGAAAGAGGACCCAUGGGACCAAGAGGAGAAAGAGGACCCAUGGGACCAAGAGGACCAAGAGGAACCACCGGACAAAGAGGACCUGCCGGACCAAGAGGAACCGCCGAAACAAGAGGAACCGCCGGACCAAGUGGACUCGCUGAUCCAAGAGGACCCGCCGGACCAAGAGGACCCGCCGGACCAAGAGGAACAGCCGAACCAAGAGGAUCCACCGGACCAAGAGGACCCAUCGAGGACCCGCCAGACCAAGAUGACCAAGGGUAACCGCCGGACCAAGAGGACCUGCCGGACCAAGAGGAACCGCCGGACCGAGAGGAACCGCCGGACCGAGAGGACCCGCCAAACCAAGAGGACCCGCCGGACCAAGAGGACCCGCCAGACCAAGAGGAACCGCCAAACCAAGGGGAACCGCCAGACCAAGAGGACCCGUCGGUCGGACCAAGAGGUAGAAGAGGACCCGCCGGACCAAGAGGACCGGUCAGUCGGACCAAGAGUCAGAAGAGGUCCCGUCAAACCAAGAGGACUCACCGGACCAAGAGGAGGAAGAGGACCCGUGGGACCAAGAGGAGGAAGAGGACCCGCCGGACCAAGAGGAUCCGUCGGUCAGACCAAGAGGUAGAAGAGGACCCGACGGAUCAAGAGGACC